CUUCCUCUGACCAGUUCCUUGGUGCAUCGCACGUUCGACACUGGAUGGUUCUGAUUACCAUAUCUUGGAUAACUUUUUCCAUAUUGGUCGAGCAUAGAGCGCGCACUUUUUGUUGUCAUCUUAAUUACGCCCUUUUGCAUUGCCUUGCCGCUGCUCCGCUACCCAACGCCUCUUGUCGCUCGUGGCCUCCCAAGACUGCGGCUGCCGAAAACACGUACUACAGCCACUUUGUCACAACUUCCGCCUGUGACCGCCUGCUUUAAAAUCUAUCCUCUUGCGCGAUCAUACAAGCUGCCAUGUGCUAGUCGUCCCUAGCACCUCUGUCCAACAUGCCUGUCUGAAGCCCACCAACCUCUCGUGGUACGUCGCGCAGUCACCGCGUCACCCCGUCCUAGCAUUCGUAGGACCGGUCCUUCACUCAUUUCCUUUUACUCCUCCGGUCGGCCUUUCCGGAUCCUUGGAACCUUUGAACAGGCCCAAAGCAGAGAACUUGAUCUUUGCGCAUUUGAUCGACCAACCCCCGAUUUCGAGAUGGAGAAGACGGUUAAAGGUGCUACAAAGAUAAAGCUUGCCGCCCCCAAGUCGAAAUAUGUCGAAUCGAUCCUGCUUGCUACUAAACAAGGCGAAAGCGGAGUGGCCGAGGUCUUUCGCACCCUCCAGCUACGGUUGAGAGAUUCAACAUGGACCAUUGUUUUCAAGUCCUUGAUAAUUGUUCAUCUGAUGAUCAGAGAGGGCCAGCCGGAGGUGACGUUAGCAUACCUCGCAGCCAACCCCAAGAGACUGGCCAUUAGCAGCUUUGCAGAAGCGCAAACUCAAGGACACAACAUUCGAAAAUACAAUGACUACCUCAUGGAGCGAGUUAUUGGGUACCGAGACGUCCGAACCGAUUUUGUCAAGGCUGGAGCGGGCAAGAUGAAGAGAUUGACUGUGGACAAAGGCCUCCUCCGACUAACAGAGGCCGUGCAAAUGCAAAUAGAGUCUUUGGUCCAGUGUGAUCUUCUGACUUCCCAUGACCCUGAUAACGAGAUUUCACUGACAGCUUUCCGUCUCCUGACCUUGGAUUUGCUUGAACUGUUCAAGGCCAUGAAUGAGGGCACUAUCAAUGUCCUGGAACACUACUUUGAGAUGUCUCGCCCAGAUGCGGAAAGGGCACUCAACAUCUAUCGGACCUUUGGAGUGCAAACAGAACAAGUAGUACACUAUCUGAGCGUGGCCCGGCAAUAUCAAACGUCGACACGGCUAGAAGUUCCCAAGUUGAAGCACGCCCCCACGACUCUGACCGCGUCUCUGGAGGAGUACUUGAACGACCCAGACUUUGAGAUGAACCGACAGCAGUACAUGGCUCAGCAACAGGCUAAGAAGUCAGGAAAGCCGGUUGCCCCUGCGUCGUCGGCAUCGAAGGCAACGUCAGCACCAGUUCGACCAACAACAGCUCCAUCAGCGCCACAGGCACAGACGCAGGCCAAAGGACCAGCACCAGACCUGAUUGAUUUUUUCGAGUCGAUCGAGCAGAACCAACAACAGAUGGCCCAGAACCCUCCUCAACAAUUCCAGCAAGCAAUGCCACAGGGCCAAGUGUACCAGCCCAUGCAGAUGCCGCAACAGACCGGUUACAAUCCUUUUAUACAACCCCAGCCGACAUUCCAGAGUCAACCCAUGCCCAGUCAGCAACUUCAACCCGACUUUACUGGAGCGGGAUUCGGUGGCUACGGACCUCAACCUCAACAAGCGCCAGCUCAUGCCUUCCAAUUCCCAACUUCACUCUCACCAAUCCCACAGAAUGGAGUGGCAGACUUUCAGUCCCAAUCAUCGACAUUCUCCUCGUCUCAGCCAACCCAGCUGCAACCACAGCAUACAUCGACGAACCCCUUCCGACAGUCGAUGCUACCUACGGGCAACUCACAGUCAUCCCCAGUUGGAGCAUCUCCCAAUCGAUCAUCGACGAAUCCAUUUGCGAAGCACAACACUGGUCAAGGGUUUGAUGCCAAUACUUUUUCUCCAGGCGCUUCUGUGCUGUACGGCCAACACACAAUGUCACAAUCACCUGUGCCCGAGUUGGGACAAGGAGGCAUGUUCUCACCGUCUCCGCCAGCCUUGCAGCCACAACGAACGGGGACGAAUCCAUUUGCCAAAGCUCGGCCAGCCACGGCCAGUCCCACAAUUACAACCAAUGUCACAGGCAGUACCAACCCCUUCCGGCAGAGCGCAUUUGUCAAUCAGCAGACAGGCCAGGGAUGGCAGCAGGGGAACCAGGGAACAUAUGCUGGAUUUGAUUUGAACAAUGUCAACACCACUCCGAUAUUCCCUAGACCUGGUCAGGGGUAGAACAUAGAACGAGCGUAAUAUCAUGAUAAUGUCUGCAAAGGUGCCACCCAGGUAUGACGAUGCA